AUGCUGGUGUCAAAAUGGAUACCUCAAAGAUCUAUUUUGUCGCAUAAAAACGUCAAAUUAUUCAUAACACAUUGUGGAGCAAACGGUAUUGGUGAGGCUAUCAAUAACGGAGUACCUAUGCUAGGAUUCCCAAUAUUUGGAGACCAACCCGCGAAUGCCCAUAAUAUGGUGGAGAGAAGAUAUGGUCUUUACAUGGAAUUAUUUACAGCCCAAAGUGACGAAAUCACAGCUAAAAUUAAUGAAGUUAUUGACAACCCCUCUUAUAAAUCGAAUGUUUACAACGCUUCGCAGAUUCUAAAGGAAUUAAAUGAACGAAAUAGCCCGACCGAAGAAGCUACGUUUUGGAUUGAGCAUGUGUUGAAAUUCGGUGGAGAUUAUAUGCGAUCAUCCAGUGUCGAUAUGCCGUUAUAUCAGUAUUUGAUACUAGAUGUUCUAGUGUUUAUUUUACCCGCUGUUUCCAUAGUUUUAGCUAUUUUGUUUUACUGUUUUAAAAUAUGUUACAAUAGGGUGUGUGGACGAAAGAUGAAAUCAGAAUGA